AUGGAACCAGAGAUUGCAUUGACUCGAGGAGAAAAAGAAGAAAAUGAGGCGAUGGAACCAGAGAUUGCAUCCACCUCGGAGCUGAAAGAACAGGGGACCAUGAGAAUACAACUUCCACCAUUCCCCCAGAGACUCAAAAAGAAGAAAAAUGAUGAGGUACAGUAUCAACACUUCAUGGAUAUGCUGAAACAGUUGCAUAUUAACAUUCCUUUCACCGAGGCGAUUGAACAGAUGCCCACAUAUGUGAAGUUUCUAAAGGAUAUGGUGACGAAGAAGAGAAACACUGGUAAGUUCGCAACGGUGGCAUUGACGCAAAGUUCAAAAUCCAUACUUCCACAAAAAAUGCACGAUCUUGGAAGUUUCACCAUACCCUGCUUUAUUGGAGGGUUAUACAUCAGUCAAGCGUUUUGCGAUCUCGGAGCUAGCAUUAACUUGAUGCCCCUGUCAAAUUUCAAGUAG